AUAGAAAGAUUCGCCAUGUUGAUUUCAUGUUGCUUUCUCCACAUGGGCUGCUAAAUUACGGGGUAAAUACUAAGCAAAAAUGUUAUGACAUUUUUAUAAAGAAAUAGUAAGUUUAUAAAAAUGUUUUUAUACAUAUAUGUUUACCAAGAUUCACUAUAAACCGGAGCCAAAAUGUCCUUAGCUCAUAUAGGACGCAGGCUGGGUACCAGUCUCUGGUGUGGAAAGUGGAGCAGACUUCAGCCUGUAUCCAAAAGAUUUCUCUUCUCCAACCACCAGUCCCACUGCUCUCUGUUUUUCACAAAGGAGUGGAGUUGCCUUCUUCCUCCUCAACACGUCUCCGGUUUUCUCCUCCGAGCCGAUUCGAUUCACUCAUCAUCACAGAGACUGAAGAAACGGCAGCCGGAUGAACCUCCUCCUCGAGAACUCGACUUGCUUCGCUAUGAUAUGAAGGUUCUAAAGAGCGCUCCCAAACCUGCACUGUAUCUGGGAUUUUCCGGUCUCGUACCGUUUGUAUCCGCUCCGUUGCUCAUGGCCAUCACAGAGACGUACAUUCCUGAAUUAGCUUUCGCUCAAGUUGUGUACGGAGCCUCGAUCGUUUCUUUUCUCGGCGGCGCUCGAUGGGGCUUCGCUUUACCUGAGGGCAGCCCAGCAAAACCUGACUGGCUAAACCUAGCCAACAGUGUGGUCCCCGCUUUAAUAGCAUGGGCAGCUCUACUGGUUAGCCACAAUAUCAUCCAAUCAGGCAUGCUGGUCAUCAUGGGGCUUGGAAUAUCGCUGCAUUACGACCUGGCACUUUUACCCACAUACCCCACCUGGUUCAAAGCACUGAGGACAAUCCUCACUACAGUAGCGUUCUUCUCAUUAGUGGCCACUAUAGUUCUUAAAGCAUUCUAUCCAGAGAAGAGCUAUCUGACCCAGGAGUGAUUCUUAAUCAUAUGUGUGUCUUUAUAUAAUGUCAAUUCACUUUUAGCUCAUAAUACAUAUGACACACACUGGGAAUUACGAGGCAAAUACAAAUGACACAAUGAUUGCGGAGUGAAGAGGUAAAGCUCAAGACUGACUUUAAUUACUGAUGCUGUUAUUAUUGACAUUUCCGCACCCCAGAUGUGAGUUCAGAUCGAACGUCGUCAAUCAUUUAGAUAUACUAUUAUUUACAACCAAUGGCAAUUGAACAUUCAUGCAUAAAUGCAGUAAAAAACUCAUCUAUAGUUUGCCAGUGUAAUUAAAAACAAGGAAUAUUUCAUGAAUCUGGUUGUAAGCAUAUAUUCAAAAUAUUUCCCCCUGUGUUUGUAAUUAAAAUAUAUUGUGGAAUGUGUGUUUAGUAAAAUAAAUAAUAAUCAGGGAAUAAAGGCCUCCAAUGAUUUUCCUUCUAA